AUGGCGAUCGCCAAAGCGCUUCCUAAACUCAAAGUCGAAGUGUUCGUCAAGAACGCUCCGCUUGAAGAGCACGUCGACGACGAUGAUCAAACUUCGGAUAACGAGGUCACUAAAUUCAUCGAAGCCUCGUCUGGUGACAACUUCGAAGUCAAAUACUGCUUCUCUCCUGGGUUCAGCAUUCGUCACGCCAUGUUGGUUGAGUUGGAGAUUGAUGGCGAGUAUGCCGACUCUGCUGUCUUCAACCCUGGCAGUUCUAUUCGCUGGAACAGCACGUAUGUCUUCAAGGGAUCGCGGGAAUUCGAAGAUGGCGGAUACUUUGUAAGGAAGUUCUGUUUCUCGCAGCUCGAAAUUGAUGAUGACGGUGAUACACGCAAAUUUGAGGACUCACUGAAGAAGAAGCUCCAUAGCGUGGGUGUUAUAUCUUUGCGCUGUUACUGGGUGACAGCUAGCGGAUCAUCAACUCCCAAAGCUAAAGCGCAGAAGAACGAGACUCUCGGUGUUGUACCAGAGAAGGCCCUCAAGGGUAGCGCGCUAUCUCAUCAGGCUAGAACCACGAAGAUCGACGAAACGCCGUUCGCAGAGUUCACCUUCAAGUAUCGCUCAAGAGCUGCUCUCAAAUCCCUCCUGAUCAUCCCACGAACCCCGAGCCCGGUACCGCUCGAAGAACGCGACAUCAACACCCUUACCUUAGAAGAAUCUCGCGAGCUCCUUCGCCUUCAGCGUGAGCAGAGGGACGCCGCUCCAGUCAUCAAGCGAGAGGGUGUCAAACGGGAACGAAGCAGCACCAUCAUCAACGAGGAUAACGAUGAUGACGACGUAACUUUCUUAUCCGCCAAGCGAAGACGGCUCCCCGUUACUCUCGAUGAGAAUGGUGCCGAGAUUAUCGAUCUGACAUAG